GCUGUUUGUGUUAAUGAUAUUCAUAACCAAUUGAAAAUGGAGUCUUUGUGUUCGUGUUCACCUUUUGUGCGAGGAUUUCUCCCUGGUAUCCUGAUAGGCCUCUUCUCCUCUGUGCUGCUGUUCAAUACAAUAUGGAAGGAGCCCCCCUUGACUACAGAGAGACAGAUAUCAUGGUGGUCCAGCUCCAGGCUCCCCCUGCACCACAAUCCACCUAUGCAACUGUCAGACCAUAGAGAAGCAGAAUUAAUACCAAUAGCUCGAAAACUACGAGCAAGUGACAAUGAAGAUGAUUGCAAUCCUUCGGUGUACCUGAGAACUCAAUACUUGGACCAAUCGAGCUAUCUUCUGGUGGUGUUGGUUCACUCCACACCCAGAGCCUCGGGCACAAGAGGAGCCAUUAGAGCAAGCUGGCUCACUAAUCGUAGAUCCCAAACACGUUAUCUGGCAAGAUUUGUAAUUGGAACGAAGAACUUGACGCCCAAAGAUGCUCAAGCUUUAGCGUGUGAGAACAAACAGUAUGGAGACUUGGUUAUGUUGCCGGAUGAUGCAGACACUGUGAAUCCACAGGAGUGGUCCAGCACUUCCAAAUUGCUAGGAUCUUUCAGAUGGGCAAUGGACAAUGUCAAGUUCUCUUAUAUCCUGAAGUGUACGGACUCUACGUUUGCUGUGAUUGACACGAUUGUGAAGGAACUGGAAUUUAGAGAACAAAAAAACAACAAGACAACCGAUUUCCUAUGGGGAUUUUUUGCAGGUGGAGUGCAAGCUGGAAAAGAAGGACGAUUGAGCGAAAAGAACUGGUUCCUCUGCAGUCAUUUCCUUCCCUUCCCUCAGGGCGGGGGAUAUGUCAUCUCUCACAGUCUUGUUGAAUUAUUGUUGUCCUUGGCGGAGGAGCUACAGCAUUAUGAACACGAUGACAUUGGCCUUGGUGCGUGGAUAUCACCAUUUAAUAAUAUUGAAAAGUAUCACGAUGUUCGUUUCAACACUGGCUACUAUUCAAGAGGAUGCCAGAAUGUGUACAUCGUGUCACAUAUGGAAACUGGCUCGAGUAUGCAGCGCAAGUAUUCGUCUUUAGUGCAGACUGGACAAGUAUGCCAACAAGAAUUUAUGUCAAGAUUAUCGUAUGUAUACAACUGGACUGCUCCUGCCAAUAGAUGCUGUGUCAGGACACCAAACAUUCCUUAGCUAUGGUAUAGAUUAUAAUCGUCAAUCAAUAUUAUUAUUA